AUGCCUCUUAAUAUAAAUCCUGGAAAUUCUGGCCGCUGUGGCCCACGGACCACCAGAGCUGGAGGGGGUCGUGCCGGUGUGGCCCACAGACUUGGAGGGGGUCGUGCCGGUGUGGCCCACAGACCUGGAGGGGGUCGUGCUGGUGUGGCCCACAGACUUGGAGGGGGUCGUGCCGGUGUGGCCCACAGACCUGGAGGGGGUCGUGCUGGUGUGGCCCACAGACCUGGAGGGGGUCGUGCUGGUGUGGCCCACAGACUUGGAGGGGGUCGUGCUGGUGUGGCCCACAGACCUGGAGGGGGUCGUGCCGGUGUGGCCCACAGACCUGGAGGGGGUCGUGCUGGCGUGGCCCACAGACUUGGAGGGGGUCGUGCUGGUGUGGCCCACAGACUUGGAGGGGGUCGUGCUGGUGUGGCCCACAGACUUGGAGGGGGUCGUGCUGGUGUGGCCCACAGACCUGGAGGGGGUCGUGCUGGUGUGGCCCACAGACUUGGAGGGGGUCGUGCCGGUGUGACCCACAGACUUGGAGGAGGUCGUGCCGGUGUGGCCCACAGACCUGGAGGAGGUCGUGCUGGUGUGGCCCACAGUCUUGGAGGGGGUCGUGCCGGUGUGACCCACAGACUUGGAGGAGGUCGUGCCGGUGUGACCCACAGACUUGGAGGAGGUCGUGCCGGUGUGGCCCACAGACCUGGAGGAGGUCGUGCUGGUGUGGCCCACAGUCUUGGAGGGGGUCGUGCUGGUGUGGCCCACAGACCUGGAGGGGGUCGUGCUGGUGUGGCCCACAGACCUGGAGGGGGUCGUGCCGGUGUGGCCCACAGUCCGCCAGAGUAA